UGGUGUGCGCUCCGAAUCAUCAGUGGGCGCAGCAGGCGCAUGCGCAUUUAGUUGUCUAGUAGUGCGGCCUCCGACAGAGGGGGAUUCUUUCUGGAGACCCCCGAAAGGGGCGGGCGGAGCACGGAGUCAUCAUGCCGGUUGUCACCCUCCCCCCCAAGGAGAACAACCUCUUUAAGAGGAUCCUGAAAUGCUAUGAACAGAAGCAGUAUAAGAAUGGGCUGAAGUUUUGUAAGAUGAUCCUGUCGAACCCCCGCUUUGCUGAACAUGGAGAAACGCUGGCAAUGAAGGGACUGACGCUGAAUUGUCUGGGAAAGAAAGAAGAAGCUUAUGAGUUUGUACGAAAGGGUCUACGCAGUGAUGUCAAGAGUCAUGUCUGUUGGCAUGUCUAUGGUCUUCUUCAGAGGUCCGACAAGAAGUAUGAUGAGGCGAUCAAGUGUUAUAGGAAUGCUCUUAAACUGGACAAGGACAACUUGCAGAUACUGCGGGACCUUUCAUUAUUGCAGAUACAGAUGAGGGACUUAGAGGGAUAUCGGGAAACCAGAUAUCAGCUUCUUCAGCUGCGCCCAAUGCAAAGAGCUUCAUGGAUUGGUUAUGCAAUCGCAUACCAUUUAUUGAAAGACUAUGAAAUGGCCUUAAAAUUGCUUGAGGAAUUCAGAAAGACUCAGCAGGUACCUCCAAAUAAAAUAGACUAUGAAUAUAGUGAAUUAAUCUUGUACCAGAACCAGGUGAUGAGAGAAGCAAACCAUUUCCAAGAGUCCUUGGAUCACAUUGAGGUUUAUGAGAAACAAAUCUGUGACAAACUUCAGGUGGAAGAAAUCAAAGGUGAAGUUUACUUAGAGCUUGGAAGAUGGAAAGAAGCUACUGAAGUAUUGAGAGAACUUAUUAAUCGUAAUCCUGAAAACUGGAAAUACUAUGAAAAUAUAGAGAAAGCUUUGCAUCCUGCUACCACUGAAGAACGACUUGAGAUCUAUGAUGAAUUCUGUGAGCGACAUCCAAGAGCAGUUUCCCCAAGAAGAUUGAUCUUAAACUUCCUUACAGGCAGCAAGUUUAGGGAACGAAUGGAUAAGUUCUUACGAAUUAACUUUAGCAAAGGCUGCCCGCCAUUGUUUACAACCAUAAAAUCACUAUACGGCUGUGCCGAGAAGGUAUUAAUUACACAGGAGCUUGUUAUUGGUUUUGAAAACUCAUUGAAAACAUGCAGCUUAUUUAACGCCAAAGACGAUGAGGAGCGAGAACCCCCCACAACCCUUUUGUGGGUUCGUUAUUUCUUAGCACAGCACUUUGAUAAGCUUGGUCAGUGGUCGGUGGCAUUAGACUAUAUUAAUGCUGCCAUUGCCAGCACUCCGACAUUAAUAGAACUCUUCUAUAUGAAAGCUAAAAUCUAUAAGCAUAUAGGAAACUUUAAAGAAGCUGCCAAGUGGAUGGAUGAAGCUCAGUCUCUGGACACUGCAGACCGAUUUAUUAACUCCAAAUGUGCGAAAUACAUGCUGCGAGCCAAUCUGACUCAGGAGGCGGAAGAGAUGUGCUCAAAGUUCACAAGGGAAGGGACACCAGCCGUGGACAAUAUGAAUGAGAUGCAGUGUAUGUGGUUCCAGACUGAAUGUGCCGCUGCUUACCAGCGACUGGGAAAGUAUGGGGAAGCCCUAAAGAAAUGCUAUGAAAUUGAAAGGCAUUUCUUUGAAAUCACUGAUGACCAGUUUGAUUUCCACACAUAUUGCAUGAGGAAAAUGACACUACGCGCCUACGUGGAUCUGCUGCGGCUGGAAGAUGUUUUGCGUCAGCACGCCUUCUAUUUCAAAGCGGCCCGGACUGCCAUAGAAAUUUACCUUAAGUUACAUGAAAGCCCCUUAAUGAAUGAGAGCAAAGAGCAGGAAGUGAAUUCAGAAAACCUUUCUGCGAAAGAGCUUAAAAAAGUGCUAAGUAAGCAAAGGAGAGCCCAGAAGAAAGCCAAACUACAAGAAGAGAGGAAACACGCUGAGAGAGAACGCCAGCAGAAAAAUCAGAAGAAGAAGAGGGAUGAAGAGGAAGAAGAGACCAGUGGACCCAAAGAGGAGCUAGUCCCUGAGAAACUGGAAAGGGCUGAAAACCCGCUAGAAGAAGCAAUCAAGUUCCUUACACCGUUGAAAACCCUUGCAUCUAACAAUAUACAGACGCAUUUGUUGGCAUUUGAGAUCUAUUUUAGAAAAGGAAAAUUUCUCUUGAUGUUGCAGUCUGUGAAAAGAGCCUUUUCUAUCGAUAGAAAUAACCCAUGGCUGCAUGAAUGUUUAAUACGGUUCUCAAAAUCAGUUUCAGAUCACAGUAAUGUACCUGAUAUAGUGUUUAAAGUGCUUUUACAUGAAAUGAAGAAUAUCUUUACCAACAAGAAUCUGGAAAGCUUCAAUGAAGAGUUUCUCAAAAACAAUUCUACCUCCAUUCAGCAUUUGCUUUCAGGAGCAAAAAUGAUGUAUUAUUUAGACAAGUCAAGACAAGAGAAGGCGAUAGCCAUCGCUACAAGACUAGAUGAGACGCUGAUGGAUAGGAACGUGCAGAGUCUGACAAAGGUCUUGGAAGCACUUCUUGAUGGAAGCUUUGGAAGCUGCAAUACUCAGUAUGAGGAGUACCGGGCAGCCUGCCAUAAACUUUUCCCAUUUACCCCUGCCUUUAUGCUGUCUGCAAAUGAAGACGACUGUAACACCGUACAGAUGAACCACACAGCUCUCAACCAUGAUGUACUCUGCAAUGAAAUGUAGCACAACGACCAGACUUCAGGAAACAAAUGUUCAGGGUUCACAUGCAUUGGGAUGCAUGACGCAUAAGAAUGUGGUAUCGCUUUUUGACCAUGGCCUUUUUUCCCUUUCUUUCUGAGCCUCCCAAAGAAAGGCCAAUAUAAGACGUAGAUCAAGAUCUCUCAUAUGUACAGUUUUCAGCCUUCUAUUUGAAAUAUGGAAGGAGUUGUUAUUUUGCUGCUUCUUCUGCAAUACGAACAUUAAAACCGGGCAAAAUGCUUUCCUAGAAUAUUACAACCUCUGACUAUUUUGUGUCAUAUGUAGCGCUUCUAGUUGAGUAAAAUACUCUUAGAUUGAAGGUUUUUACAUUUUGGAGGUCGAUUUUAAAAACAGUUGUAAUUUUUAUGACUUUUUUUGAGUGAAUUGUUAUGUGUCAUUGACAGGCAGCACCGCUAUACUGUGUUGCUU